AUUCAACGACCGCAUAUCGAGGGGACGAGCUCGUUCCACGGUUCGAAUGCUUUAUUCGCUUCGUUCCACGUAUGAAGAAGUGCGAAAUAUUCGCGGCCGAGGCGUCGAUCGCAAGACAAAAGAGCUACAGUCGUCGCCGCGUAUAAUCGCGAAGUGAUCUCGCGCGCGUACCGUGAGACUGAUAAUGCUCGAAAGCACUCGCGCUACACGAGCUAUAGCGUCGAGCUGCAGCAAAUCGACGAUUGGCAAGUCUUAGUGCGCGACCACGACAGCGGCGAGGGGUAUUGCGACGACGACGACGACGACGACGGCGAGGUAGUGACGGCAGUGAGUGCUCGACAACGUCUCAGCAAGACGACUGUAAAUAAAUGCACGUAGGCGCACGACUGGCUGCGUCAGUUACACGACUCUCGAACCGUCUCGAAGAACGAAGUUAACUGCGUAACGUAUAUCUACAUUGUAGACCGUUAGUCGUGCGACACGCGCACAGACUCGCGAACCAGACUCUGCUCGAGCGAUUCGAUUUUUUCAAGCGCGCGCUCACGUCUUUCUCUCUCUUUCUCUUCCCCCCUCUCCCCUAUUCUCUUUCUCUUCGUCACUCCCCCCUCCGUCACCCCUCUCCCCAGUGGCGUGCGUCUUCGCGUUACCAAGCUCAUUUCGUCGUGUACUCGUGAGCUUCCUCGGCUUCCUCGCGAUCGCCUCGUGUUUUGUUUCUCCGAGCGAGCGAGUGAGUGAGUGCGCGCGACAGUGCAAUGUUUUGGAGUACGCGCUCCUCGUGAAAUCUCUCCGAGGAACUUUCAUCUCUCAGUCGUUCGUUCUCUCGGUCCGACGACUACGCGGAGACGAAUAGAGAAAGAGCAGGAAGGGAGGAGAAGCGUGUGAAUCCCCGACGCCAAAUCGCAUUCGCGAGCGGUAUUCGUCAGGCAGUGCACGGCCGGAGAACGUCGCGGCGAACAUCGUCGUCCCGCUCGAGGCUCCCUCUCCCGCUGGAUCGCGCGCGGACGGCAUCGCACGAUGGCAUCGUCCACGGUGGCUGUUCCGUCCGGGGCGGCCUCGGUGCCGCCGACUGGCGCAACGAGCGCCAUCGGCAACGGCACCGAGGAGAUCGACGGCAGCGAUCUGUACGGCAAUGACAAUCGCAACUCCGUGAACGCCGCCAGCAGCGGCGGCGGCAGCGGGUACAAUAACAGCGCUGGCAACCCGGGCGACGCUCUGGAGGAGAUGGCAUGCGGCAACGGCGGGAGCAACGAACAGGGCUGCACCUUGUGCAGAAACAAACUGUGCUCGCCCCGAGUGCUGUCCUGCCUCCACGUGUUCUGCGAGGUGUGUUUGGACAAGCUGCUGAUGGACGAGGCUGGGGACUCCAAGGUGGUCUCGGUCAUCAGCUGUCCGAUAUGUCAGCAAGAGACUUCCGUUAGUUCUAAGGGCGCCGCGUCGCUCACGUGCGACUACGUUCUCACCAACAUACUGGACAUGUCCGCCAUUGAGAGCAUGGCUGUGCUGUGUACCUCGUGCAAGGCCAAAGAGAGCGCUGUGGCGCGCUGUUCGGACUGCGCCAAUUUCCUGUGCCCAAACUGCAACACGGCACACCAGUUCAUGCGCUGCUUCGAGAGCCACAAGGUCGUGGCGUUUGAAGACCUCAAGCAAUCUAAGGAAGCUAUCCCGAUACAUAAGCCGAUAUUUUGCGAGUGUCAUCCCGCCGAGAACAUGAAGUUCUACUGUCACACGUGUCAGGAACCUAUCUGCAACGAAUGUCUACUUGUGGAACAUAAAGCUCCAGAGCAUCAGUACGAUCGACUGACAGAUGCAGAACCACGACAGAAAGAGGAAUUAUUUAAUCUGAUGGCUGAAAGUAAAGCGAAAAUUUCCGAAUGUGAUCAGAUCUCGACGCAAUUAGAUAAUGCGUUAAGCGAGCUGCAGGUACAACACGACCAAGCAAAAGAUCUAAUUGUGGAAACUUUUCAAAGUUACAAGGCCGUACUGGAAAAAUGUAAAGCUAACGCAUUGGAAGAACUCGGAAAACUUCACGAAGCCAGGGAACUUGAAAUAAUGGACACUUUUCACAAUGUUGAAAAAACCGUGGAGAAAAUAGAGGAUGCUUGUCGUUUCACUUCAAGACUCCUUGAGCACGGCGACGCAGUAGAAAUGUUAGCUCUUCGUCGUGUCGUAGGAGCACAAUUGAUGAACCUGAUAAAAAACACUCCAAAAUACAACGUAACAUACUCGAUCGAGUUUCAGACCGACUAUAAUCAUUUCGAAAAAACCGUCAAGGAGGUAUUUGGAAAGUUUCGUACCGAGGGCACAUCGACCUCAGUGAAGACUCUUCCCGAGCCGAUCUCAACUAUAUCAGGAGUCUCUACGAAUCAGCAGAUGGUCCACACUUCGAUCGGCUGUGCGAGUUCUCUCAGUACAAGCUCCCCCAUCUCGCUUCCCGCGUCAAUGCAAUCCUCGUUCGAAGGUGAACCCUCGUUCGUUAUUCCGCCAACCACGAGUCCUCAAAAUAUCCCGCCUCCACCACCACCCGUACCUCUUCCACCAGGUCCUAUUCACGGGCUGACCAGCAUACAAGAGUACAAUCUCCAGCGACUGGCUAGUUUAGCGGAGAAGGACAUGGUGGGUGACACCGAUGUCGUAGGACCUAGCUCGAACCCUAGUCCAACUCCGUCCUUCACGUUGGCAGACCUGUUUGCCGGGGACCUAAGUUCAACGAGCCACGCCAUUAACAAUUUACAGGCUCUUGCAAAACUAGGAAAUACUCUUGGCAAUCAAGAUCUGGGAAAUGCUACGAUUAACGGUGGUGGUGGAUUAGUAUUGGGACGUGGAUCUUCACCAGCCAUUGUGGACGCCCCAAUAGUGGGCUCUCUGGCUGCCAGUAGUUUAUUAAAUGGAGGAUUCCAGUCAAUGUCCUCUUCCACUUCGCCAAUACUUUCACAGGGUACUGACGAUUUAAUAGGUGAUUCCAUGCAUAACAUGCCUGUAGUAGUAGGGAAUACUGUUGCCAAUGUAACCGGAUCAGGGACAGCGAAUUAUGCUCAUCCGCGUUCAAACAAUACAAAAUUGACGCCUAUGCAUAUCCGAAGCAAAUUUGGACAAUUAGGACCUAGUAAAGGGCAAUUUAAUUCGCCACAUGGAUUUUGUCUAGGAACCGACGAGGAUAUUAUUGUCGCGGACACGAAUAAUCAUAGAAUUCAGAUUUUUGAUAAGACUGGUACCUUCAAGUUUCAAUUCGGCGUUCCUGGCAAAGAGGAAGGACAGUUGUGGUAUCCCAGAAAAGUGGCCGUUAUGAGAAAUAAUGGCAAAUUCGUUGUAUGUGAUCGGGGAAACGAACGGUCCCGUAUGCAAAUAUUUACGAAGAGCGGUCACUUUAUAAAGAAAAUCGCUAUUCGUUACAUCGAUAUCGUAGCUGGCCUAGCUGUUACCAGUCAAGGACACAUUGUGGCUGUUGACAGUGUGUCGCCAACUGUGUUCGUAAUCAGUGAUAACGGAGACCUUUUAAGGUGGUUUGAUUGCAGUGACUACAUGAGAGAACCGAGUGAUAUCGCUAUCAGUGGCAAGGAAUAUUUCGUUUGCGACUUUAAAGGACAUUGUGUUGUGGUGUUUAACGAAGAUGGUAAAUUCCUGCGUCGCAUUGGCUGUGAGAAUUUAACAAACUUCCCAAACGGGAUCGAUAUUAGCGAUGCAGGAGACGUAUUAAUUGGAGAUUCGCAUGGCAAUCGUUUCCAUGUAGCUGUCUUUUCCAGAGAUGGGUCUUUAAUUUCGGAAUUUGAAUGUCCAUAUGUGAAGGUAUCUCGAUGUUGUGGCUUAAAAAUAACUUCGGAGGGAUAUAUUGUAACACUGGCGAAAAACAACCACCAUGUCCUCGUAUUGAACACACUUUAUAUAUUAUGAAGUGGAAUCAGACGAAUAAGUAUAACUUCUUUCCUGCAAGUGGAAACCUUUGGAAACCGCUCUCAACGAAAGAUGGGAAAGGCACGCCCAAGGAAUUAUGUUCGAAUUUUGGGCCUAUUGAAGCAAUAGAAACAAGUGCAGCAUGCAGCUUUAAUAGUUGUAAAAGUAUAAUGCGUCCCUCUUUUAUGAAAGUAACAAUGUUGAAAAAAAAGCAAAAGGUAAUGUACGUCUCCGACCAAACAGUAUAAUAGUAACUUAGCAACUUGCAUUUUGGUAAACUGCCAAAGUAAAUUAAAUUAACUAAGUGGAACCAGUUAUAAAGAAGCAGUAAGCGUUAUAUCGACCGAAGCCAGUCGGGUCGCUUGUAGUAGAGAAAGCAAUCUACAUAUGGCCUUCCGUCAAAAUUGGUUGUUAUACAUCAUUUUUGACACAUCAGUAUUUUAAGUAUGUUUGUAAAUCAAAUUAUUCUAGUCUCCAACGAGCACCUUUUACACGCCGAUAAUUUCAUUUUUUACGCUUGUGAAAUAAGACGUUCUCGUCUUGGUUUUAAUUACAUUUGAGAAGAACAUAGGUCUUAGUCCUAAUCAGUGCUUCAGGAUACACAAGGGUGCACACAUUACGUUCAAAAUUUUUCAUUUAAGAACUCUAUAAGUAACUAAUAAGCUCAGCAGGAUAACUUUCAUGACGUGAGGAUCAAAAUUUUCCGCUUAACAGAAAAAUAAAAAAAAAAGCGUUGCAUGCUGCGAGGUAGUUGGUAGUACUUCCUGCUCUUAUCAUAUCGUAUUUCUAAAGAAAGACAAUGAAACGAUACUCCUCAUUGCAGCAGGCACGAAGCUUAAAGAGAGCUAUGUUCCUGAUUUCUUUCUGCGCGUUUGAAAAUGAUAGUUGAGAACGUUAAUAUAAAAGCAACGUUAAUGUGCAAGGAAUAGAUUAUGGUAUGUUGAAAAUCAAACGUUUAAUAUCUUAUAAGGAAGGUGUCGUACAGAGGAUACUUUGUGAGCAUAAAAGGUGAAAUAAUUAUUUACACUUAACGAAAAAAAAACGAGUAGAUCCCAUUUGUGCAUUGUUAAAAUUAGACGAGACACAUAAUGGUUACAAUAUUUACUCAGGAUGCUUUAUUAUUAUGGUCCACUAUAUAUGAAUAUAAUAUAUAUACGUGUGUGAAUUAUUGGUUCGUGGUGCUAGCGAAUAAUAUAUCCAUACAGUGUAAAUGUAUUUGUUAUAAAGUUACAGGAAUCGUUGCCCCCGCAUUUCGUAGAUGUAAGGGUAACGAUUCUGUGUAAUGUAUUAUAUAAGAUUCGUAAGAACAUAUGCCACCCCGGUAUCACAUAGGGACGAUACUUUAUCUAUGUAAAGAGAGGGAAGAUAACGUACAGUUUGCUAAACAACCUCUAUUUAUGUACAUAUUAAUACGAUCCAUGAGAGAAGGGGGGGAAACCACAUAAGACACAUACAUAUAUAGAAAUACACAUAUUUUUUAGGGUUGUUUACAUGAUCAGCCUUAAGAUUUGAUUGAACUAAAAUGCAAUGUGUAUACAACAAUGUACAUCAGAUAUUUGGCAGAUUGCUACACUGUGUUACCUUAUAUUAUCUACAAUAAUGUUUAAUUACGAAUACUAUCUUGCCAUACCAAAUGCUAGGUAGCACAUCCAUAUAUACAUAAAUAUACAUAAAUAAAUAAAUAAAUAAAUACAUACAUAUUUAUUUACAUAAAUAUAUGUAUAUUUAUUUAUUUAUUUAUACGCGACUAGCUUUAUCGGAUUUGUUUUGCAAACAGGAAAUUGUCUGAUUUCAUUAUUCACGUAUGGGACAAACGUGAAAUUAGAAGAACGAGGAAUACGGAAAAAGAAAGAGGACAGUAAUAGGAGGCUAUUUAAAAAAAAAAUUCGCGCAUAAUGUCAGAAUUUCUAAUAAAAUUGCACGAAGCCUACGUACAUACACCUAAGCUAAUCAGUCGUACUCAUCUCGUAAUGUUAGAAGUUUUAAUUUUAUAUAUAAAGAAGAAAAAAGGAAAGAGAGAAAAACUAAUCUUGAAAUAUUUAAUAGUCAUGGUUAGCAGAGUUAUAUAAAUAAUGCCUGUGAUAAUAGUAUCGUCAGGAUAAGUUGUGUCCUUAAAGAGUCUCUGAUGUUGUUGCUAGGUAAAUAUAAUUAGAAGUAUCAAUGAGAGAUACCAUUGGUGCCGUCUGGAGGGUGUGUUUAUGCACAAUAACACCUAACGCAGAGCCAUCAAUCGUCUCUGAUGAUACGUUACAUAUGAAAAAAGAAAAAGAGGAUAUUCAAAAUAAAGAGAACAUGUUGCAAAAUUUUUGCCAGUCAUAUUAAAAACUCAUAGUGUAACGAAUGGAUGACCAUUAACGAGAGGGUCUUUUACCUCACAAAAUUAUUAUAUUACGCUCACCUUAUAUAUACUUGAAUAUUUUAGUAUAGAUUUACUCUAUUUACAUAUUUUUAUCUGUGAAAGACUACUUGGCUAAUUUAGGCCACUGUUGAAAUUCACCCCUUAUUUGCCUUGAUGUUUAAAUUACAACAAUAAUAUUAAAAGGAAAAAAAAAGAACGAGAAUUACUUGUUACGUAAAUGGUAAUUGUGAUAGAUUUUUUGAUGAUUUUUACAAUCUCAAAAGUCUUAUUAUCCUAAUAUGUAUAGAAUUAUAUAGUCACUCUGUACGUACUAGAUAAACUUUGCUUACAUUGUUAAACUAAUAUUAAAAGCUCUCAUAAUCCAUGCUAAGCAGUUUUACAACUGGCAGCGUAAUCGAAGAUCAUAUUUUGAAUAUGCGAUGGGUUCUGUGUGUAUUACUUUAGCAGUACUGUUUUUAUUGCUACACAACUUCCAAGGCCUUUUAGGUGCCACCGAUUUCUCGACAUCAUUUCAAAUGGUACUGUUUAACUUUACGUGUUACGAGCGAAAUUAUUAUCAUUAUUGUGUCCGAAUUUUUGAUGCUGUGUUUACUGUGGAAUUUCAAUUACGAGUACUGUUUGCUCUGAUAAUUGUAGUUGUCGCUUGUUUUAUUUAUAAAUCAGCGCUAGUAUGUGCGUACUUGUUUUCGUCGAUUCGAAAAUUGCUCUCAACAUGCCGUUUUACAAGCUGUUUUACGAAUAUAUACUUGACAAACACACAAAGAAGAGAUAAUUACAAACACUUGGAACCGUUCUAUUCCAAUUUCACACAUAAUCCAAGUUGAAUGACACACGAUACUUGUGAAUUGUACAUCGUAAUGUCGUGUGUGUGUGUGUGUAUCCGAUGAUGACAAAUUGUUGCUACAUAUAUCACGCGAUGAUAUGUUCCUGAUUUCGAGAGAGAAAAAAUCUUUCGCGUCGUACUAUACAAUAAGAAUUAACCGCGAGAUUUAUAAGCAUUAACGGAGGCAUCUACAAUUAUAUGAAGGAUAGAGGACUAACAUGACACGACAUAAACUGAAUUCUAGCCUACGGUUAAUCAUAGUCUUCCUAGAAUCCUAAAGAAGAGUAUGACUUUGCUAUAUUGAUUAGGGCAUGGCCAAUUAACACUAUAUAGCUGGUUAUAAACGAGGAAUGCGUAACGAAGGAGUUACUUCUCGAGAGUACCCUAAAUUAACAGCUCUAUAUCGUUUUAUAUAUAUACUAGACAUGGCUUAUACAUUAGAGAGUCCGCAAUCUUUUCAUCCUUUUUUGUUUUUUUUUUCCCUUCCGUGCUUUCUUUCAGCAUAAUUUAACUUAUAUUUAUACGAGAAAAAAAUGAGAAAAGAGAGAAAAACCUACGAUCAAAAGAGAUAAAAAAAAGCGCGAUGGUUUAUUAUGUGUAAGAGUUCCACGUUAUUUUUGUAACGAUAUUUUUAUUCCUUACUCGCUCUUAUACAUUGUCUUAUUAUAUAUUGUAUCAUUAAUUUUAAUUCUUUACGCGAGCAUUAUGUGUUCCAUUGGCUGUUUCAGAUGCUAUCUCAGCGUACUCGGAUACGUUAGAGUAUCGUUCCUUCGGCAAGCGUUGUUGAAGGCACGGUAUUAAGGCCUGCUAUUUUGAUCUAUCUCGUUUUAUUUGCGCAAUUGGAUGAACCAGAGCUGCUUCCAUAUAUAAACUGUAUUUAUAUUAUUUAUACAUAUUUUUUUUGUUUCAUUAAUUUUAUAAUUUCAUAUCUUACUUAAAAAGAUAAAAAAGCGUUAUCGACCGACUUUUAUUAUACAUUUCAUUGCAUUUUAGUUGUUUUUUUCAAUGUUUAUCUUGUAUUUUUCGUUCUUUUUCUCUUUGUUUUAAAUACUCAGUCUGAGAUGAGGUGACAACAAAUUGUAUACAUAGCUUGUCGUGGUGUCUUGUUCAACAUGAGAGAAAGAGAAAAGGCGAUUUAUUCGUAUAGUGAAUUAGAUGUAACAAGUAUUGUUGUUAAUUCUACUUUACGAUUUAACUGCAUUCCAAAUAGAGAUCAUUUUAUCUUUCACUUUUAUGAGAUAUAAAAAUUUAAAUUCCUUAGUGCCAAAAGAAGAAGGAAAAAAAAAAAAGAAAAAGGACAGACUAAUCAGAGUAUUUUAUACACAACACGUAUUGCUUACGGUUUAUUUUUUAUUUCUCAUAAGUUUAUCUUAUUCAUGUUUUUGAGUUUGCGUCGUGUGUGGGUAUCGAAGCUCUUAGAGUAAGAAAACAAAAAAAAUAUUACAGUUAAAUCCUUGCUUAGUCAGUUAAAGUACAAAUAUUUAAUGUAUUCUAUCUUUAGACGAUAAGUAAUGAGAGGCGUGUAAUCGCGUAUAUGUUGUUACUUGGUUUCAUUCCUCAAACAGCACUAGCUUUAUUUAUUUGCAUUAGUUACUCGAUGUAAUACUUAACAGGCUGAGAACGAGCGAAUGAACGAAGGAAUGGACGAGUGGACGAACGAACGAAUGAAUGAAAGAAUUAAUUAAUUAAUUAAUUCACGAAUAAACGAACGAACGAAUGAAUGAAUGAAUGAACAAACGAACGAACGAACAAACGAAUGAAUGAAUGAAAGAAUGAAUGAAUGAAUGAAUGAACAAAGAAAGAAAGAGAGUGUGUAUGGAAGAGAGAGAGAGAGUAAAGAAAAGUUUUUGCCAUUGCCCUAUACACCUGUAAUAUUAUUUUGAUAUUAAAACACACGUUCCUUUUUGGAGGUACUUUGUUUACAUAUCAAAUUGACCACUAAAACACAUUACACAUACAGUUGCAUUCCAUCGGUAUGCUGAAACAGUGUCAACUUGCAUAAUAGCGUACCGUUGAAGUUCGGUGAUCUCCGUGUUUCCACACUUACUUUUAAGUAGCGAUCGCGAGACUGACUGAGAGAAAUCGUUUGCUCUGAGAGUGACACUGUCAUCGGUUGCGUUAUCGUUCGUGAAGCUUGUUAUAGCGAGAGGAAGAGAGAGAGAUCACACUGUGAGCUUUUAAUCGUUAAGGGAGAAAUAAGCUUCCGUUUGUACGUCGAGCGAUUGCUCCAGCAGAAUCGAGCCCGAGCUAUUGUCACGUUUCUCUAUGCAAAAUUAGUUUAGCGACACUUUCUCGAAUCUAUCUAAUUAAAUGACUACUCUAUACGCAUAUUACACCACCACCGAGUAUCCGGAACGAUACUUCUUAACGAUUCGGCUUGUGUUAUUUAUGGCGAUUCAUCUUGUCGAUAUUGUAGCUAUUUUAAAUCGAUACUGCGGAUUUACUGUGUGUAAACCAUGUUUUCCUGAAACCUCCAUUGGUAUUUUACAUAGAACGACUGUCUUUGAAAAAAAAAAGAAAGAAAAGGAGAAAAGAACGAAAGAAAGGGAAAGGUUUUAAAUGUUCCGACAUCACUUAUACUUCAAAAUGUAAACUGUAUAAGAAUAGUACAACUGAUGAAAAGGUAAAUUGUAAUGCAAUAUGGAAAGCGUGUAUACCGAUAUAUAUUUUUUAUAUGCUAAUGGGAUGCCAAGGAGCAUGGUCAUCUUGUAAUGUAAACGUAUUAUUUAGAAUUCACACGUCCAGAUUGACUGUGUACGCGAAUCAGUUCCCACCUUCACCCCGCGGAAACUCUACUCAGCCUUUAUAUUUAAACACACGUCAUCGGACUACUUGAAUUUCUCAAGUAUUUCAAUAUGUAUCUAUUUCUUAAGUUUACAAGUCUUACGAUUUUUAAUCUUCCAAAGUUUGUCAAGGCUAGUCCCCGAGAUACCUAUAUAACAGAUCUAACUCUCUUCUUUAUUUUUUUUUCUCUCUGUUUACCGCGAAUCAGCUUUUUUCUACCUUGUACCUAUAAAAGAAAAUUUUAGUUUCAUUUUUAUAUGAAAUAUUCAAAUUUAUGGUAUUAUACGUAUACACAUCUAUAUACACUUUUACAAAAAAGAAAAAAAAAUAUUUUAAUCUACAUAAUGUAUUACAUAAUUAAAGAUAUGGAACAUUUGCUAUACUUAUAUAUUUGUCAAAUGUAUUAUAUUGAAAAUAUUUUAUUAUAGGAUGGACGAAAAAGAUUUAGCCUUAAAGUAAAUGUUCUCUGUUGAUCGUACAUUGCUUCAUCAUAUCAACUCAAUUUUGCCAUUACCUGUCAAUUCAUAUGGUACUAUCCUAUACUAAGAUAUUCUCAAAUGAUAUCACUAUGCAGUUAUUUGAAAACGUGUAGAAGUAUACAUUCUUGUCUGCGCAUAGCUGCAAUGCAAUAAUAAUAUAUUGUGAUGCUCACAAAGCACAUAUAACACAAUUUACCAAAAUUAUAAUGUUUAAAUAUUUCAUGUGAUUUUGGAAACUGUUAUAUUUUUUAUUUCCUGCCAAUUGUUUAAUUUGUAAUGUUGUUCUUUGUUCUUUUUCAAUAAAGUAAUCAACCGAA